AUGGCCUGUGGUGUUGUUGGUGAUGUCGGGUCCGGGUGCGAUGGGUCCGGGUGUGCCUCAGCUAGCUCGUCAGGCUUCCAUGCCCUAGCUGGCCCGAGAGGCUUUUCUUGCCCGGUGGGCUCGGCAGGCACCCACCCCACGUCAUGCCAGCAAUUAGGCAUUCACGCCUCAACCGGAUCGUCAGGCACCCACGCCUCAGCCGGUUCAUCCGGCUCCCACGUUUCAGCGGGAUCAUCAGGCAUUCACGCCUCAACCGGAUCGUCAGGCUCCCAUGCCUCAGCUGGUUUACCAGGUUCCCACGCCUCUGCUGGUUUGUUGGGCUUUUAA